UGUUGUUUUUUUUUUUUUGCGUAUUUUUGAUUUCUUUUUGGGAGUUUUGAUCUGAUCUUAGGGUUGGAUUUCUAUUUGUUUAUUUUUUUUUCCUGGAAAGGAUUUGAGGGAAGAUGUCAGAAGAAGCCGGAGAGCACCCCUCCAUCACGGAGAGGAUCACCGAGAAGAUCCAUGAAUACAGAGGGUCUUCUUCUUCGUCGGAUUCCGAUAAUGAGAAACCCUUUUCUCACAGUACCAGGAAGAAGCGGUUGUUCGGAAGGAGGGAUCCGGUGCACACUGUUUUUGGUGGAGGAAAAUCUGCUGAUAUCAUAUUAUGGAGAAACAAGCAGAUGUCAGGCGGCAUACUUGCUGGUGUGACUGUUAUUUGGCUUCUCUUUGAGUGGAUGGGCUAUCACCUACUGACAUUUAUUUGUCACUCGCUUAUAUUUUUACUGGCAGUAUCAUUUAUUUGGUCUAAUGCGGCUUCUUUUGUCAACAGGUCCCCUCCAAAAUUUCCAGAGGUUAUCUUGCCUGAGGACAUGUUUCUGAGCAUAGCUCAUGCAGUAAGAUAUCAGAUUAAUGAAGCCUUUUCAACUUUUAUAUAUGUUGCUUCUGGAAAAGAUUUGAAGCAAUUCAUGAUGGUGAUUGCAGGCUUGUGGGUUCUUUCUGUAAUUGGCAGCUGGUUCAGUUUCUUGACACUCUUCUAUAUUGUUUUUCUUAUUACAUACACCGCGCCUGCACUCUAUGAGAAAUAUGAGGAUCAAGUUGACACCGUAGCAGGGAAGGCAAUGGUUGAAAUUAACAGGCAUUAUGCUGUACUCGAUGAGAAAGUACUCCAGAAGAUUCCUAGGGGGCCAUUUACUGAUAAGAAGCAGCUUUGAGAAGAAUUAGUUCUCCUCAUGGUUUACUCUCCUAUAAUAUGCUGUAGCUUUUUCUUCAUCUUUGAUGUCAUAUGCUGCUGGUUGUUGACGGAAUUUUAGGUUAGGACAUGGGCAAAGAGAUCGAUGUGCAUUUGAAAACUUUUCUUAAGAGCAAUUUGACUUUUAUACCUCGUAGUAAAGGCCAUCCAUAAAAUGACUUCCGGUAGAUGUUUACUGUGAAGCAGAUUAGGGAUGCUUUUCGAUUACUUUUCGCAUUGUUGACAUUUUAUGAUGUGACCUAUAGAUUUCAAUAUCUUCAUAUC